CACCACCCUUCUGGACCCUCAUAAUUGUGCAGUUAGUGAAGAAAGCACCAUAUUGACAGGAUGUGUAGACUUUCACACAAGUAUGGAUAUCAGAUAUGGAGGCAUCUGUGAAAUUAACGCUGAUAGCUAAAAAUUUUGAAUUUCUGACAUUUUAAUAUAAGUUUCUAUUACUGAUAGAAAUUUUAAAAUUCCAAGGUAGCUCAUAUAGGACGUAUAGUGAUUUGCUUUGUAAAAAAUUUCCUAUGUAUCUUUUAAAAUUUCCUUUCAUUGGCUGUUUUAUUAACUUUCAAAAAUUGAAAAAUCGCGCCGCGUUGUCGAAUCGCGUCCGGUGUGUCUCGGGCCGAUCGAAAAGGAACGAGUUAGUCGGACAAUGAAUUUUGCACUGUCAGAAUAUGCUCUUUGCACUAUCAGAAUUUACAUGGACCUCUAUGAAGAACAGUUUAGAACUGAUAGAGCUAUCCAGUGGUUAGCUUAGGUUUUGGAUGGGUAAGGAGCAUUGAACUAUAAAUAAACUGGAAGGCUAACUCAGGGGGGGAAAUUGAAGCCAGUGCAUUUUAGUUUUUCUGAGUUAUGAGCAGAAAUACUCAACACUGAACGUUGGGCUAUAUAUCAAAUUGAAGCUAUUGAAAAACGCUAUUUGGUGUAGAAAUUUCAAGACUUUAGCUAAAAGGGAAAUAUUGAAAAACUACAAACAUAAUUACCGAUAAUUUGCCGUUUUGCAGUUGUUUUUGUAUUUUUUAAAUAUUUCUCUUUUCGCUGAAGUCUUGAAAUUUCCACACCGAAUAGCAAUUUUCAAUAGCUUCAAUUUGAUAUAUAGCACGACGUUUGGGGUCAAUAUUUCUGCUCAUAACUCAGAAAAACUAUUUUGGCUUCAUCAAAUCAUAGGCCUUCAUCAUAGCAGUUAGCCUUCCAGUUUAUUUAUAGUUCAAUGGCUCUGACAUAUGGCUCUGAUAGACUUAUAUCCCUGUUAUAUCCCCAUGUUAUCCCCAGUUAUCCCACAUACUUUCAAAAUGGCGUAAAAUUUUGAAAUUUGUUUUUUUAUAAAUAAAUUAAUAAAAUUUUCAGUAUAUUUAUUAUUUUUCGCCUCUUAUUCUUUGUCGUUCGUGUUAAAUUGUUUGCACUAUGGUGAAGCCACGAAAGAAAGGUAGGCAUAGUUAUUUUUUUAACGACAGAAUCAUAGAAUUGUUCAUUUUUGCUGUUGUUUGAUUUGGCUUGAAACUCACUUUUAGUCUCAAGUUUUGUAUUUCGUCCUAUUUGUAUCUCUUGCAACACCUUCAUAGACACUUUGAACAUCAAUUUUAAGUCUUGUACAACCAUAUCAUGUUUUAGUUUCUUCUGUAUAAAAAUUAAAACAUGUGAGAUUUUAACUGGUUUGAUGCCAGAGGGCCUAUGGGCAUUGUCCCAUUGGGCAAGGCUAUCACUGGUUGAAUUUUUUGCAGAAGCUCGCCAGCUUGGGUUUCUGGUUAGGACCAAAAUGUGUAAAAUUUACACUUGAAAAUUGUAUUUACAAAAGACCAUCUGCUACAAUUCUAAAUCUUGAUACCGUUGCUUGCAACUAAGCAUGAAUGGUCGCAGAUAAAACAUUGUCUAUUCUCAUGACAAAGUUCAAUGUUUUACCGACCAAGUUCAAUGUUUUUACCGACAAAAUUUCAGCGUUUGUGAUGACAUUUUAUGGUUUCAAUUCGCUCAGCCAAUCAGCUUGGGGCUGGUUGAACGUGAUUGGCUAAUCAGAUUAAAACCUGUCAUUGACAAACAUUGAACUUUCUCGGUAAAAACAUUGAACUUUGUCACAGGAAUAGGCAAUGUUUUUAUGAGUGACCGUUUAUCCUUUGUUGCAAAUGAUGGUAUUUGGAAAAUUUAUAUAUAUAUUCACUUGUUUAGUGCCAGUUGCUUCACGAGCUGAGCUGAUGAUGUUGACUAUAUCAGAGAUUGUCAACCAACUGAUUGAAGCGCAUAACAAAGGCGAAGACUCGAACUUAAAUAAGUAAAGGAAAUAUAAUGUGAUACCUGUAUUCAGGGGCAUGGCGAACGAUUCCAGAUUGGGGGGGCGGCGUCAUACCAUAAUGACCAACUUUUUCAAUGAAAAUGACCAACGUUUUCGUGUUUAAAAAAAUCUUUCUCUAAAUUUUUUUUGGUCAAAAUUGGCCAAAAAAUUUGGCCAAAAAAUUUUCGGUCAGUGUACCAUUUUAGGGGUAAAAAUUUUUUUCCAGACCUAUCGCAUUUUUCGCGACAUUACAAUUUUUUCGGAUAUCACAAAUUUUCUCCGUUUAUCAAAGAACUUUUUCCAAAAUUCUGAACAUUUUUUGGAUUUUCUAAAAUUUUUGUAAAUAAUAUAAGAUUUCGUUUAAUAUUUAAAUAAUUCCUUUGACCAACUUUUCAAAAAUUUUGACCAACUUUUCAAAAAUUUUGACCAACUUUUCAAAGUUCAGAAUUAUUGGGGGGGCGUCGCACCCCCCCAAGACCCCCCAGUUGCCACGCCCCUGCCUGUAUUAAGCCAUUGAGCGCCAGUGCUUUCCUCUUGAAGAGUAAAAAUUGUCUGGCAUUAGACAGAGGGUGCAUUAGGGUACAAUGCAACAUAAUGGGUUGACUCAUUGGACACCAGUGCUCUUUCCUUGAUGAGUAAAAUUGGCUGGCAUAUUAGACAGAGUAAUUUAAAUACAUACACUGUCACUUAAUGGAUUAAGGGCACUGUGGACUGUUUUAUACCCUACCAAAUCCAAUAAAUUUACAAUUAUGUAUUUAUUGCCAUGUAAACUUGCAAGAAGCAUGUUGAAUUUUGAGGAGUAACUAUUCGGUUAUCUUUUGUUGAAGAAUUAAAAGUCGUGCUGCUAGUAAAUAUGGACUUGCAUCACAGCCUAGAUUGGUGGACAUCAUUGCUGCUGUUCCAGCUGCUUAUAAGAAGGUGUUGUUUUUAUCACUUCAUUGUGCUUAAUUUAUGAUUUUCUAUGGAAAACAAAGAAUUUUUUCGAGUGAAGUUAUACAGGCAUUCUGUAUUCUGCACUACUAUGAUUUCGCCUGGAUAUUUUUGCCCGGAAAGGCCCGUUUACAUUUGCAAUUUUUGCCGAGAUUUCAGGUGCGAUUUUUCCUUCUGAUGCAACGGUGACAUGAAAUUGCCAGUGUAAACACCCAGAAAUUUAACUGCAAUUUCAGUGCAACUUCACUGUUUUUGGCAACAGGCUUAACUUAUCCAAAAUGUUUGGUUGUAGGUUGCCAGAUUGCUAUAAUAACUAUAAGCUGUAUCUUGUCAAUCAGAAGAAGACUGUUACUGAGUACAAUGUAUAAUAUUUGUUUAGGUUUUGCUUCCCAAACUGAAGGCGAAGCCUGUGAGAACUGCAUCUGGGGUAGGUAUUGUACCUUUUUGUGUGGGGAAGUGUUAUACCCAUGUGCCACACUCACCUUCAUGGGCGGUGCUAGGGGGGUGAAACACACACACCAACUCAUCAAAAUGUGAAUUGGAUAUAAAAGUUGGGGUAAGCUGAACCCCCCCCCCCCCCUGUAUGUGAUUUUUUGUUUUGUUGAUAUUUAUAUUACUUUGUCAGAUUGCUGUUGUUGCUGUAAUGUGCAAGCCACAUCGUUGUCCACAUAUUAAUAUGACUGGGAAUAUCUGUGUGUAAGUGUCACUUUCUCACAACUGAAAUAACAAAUGUAUUACAAAUUUAUAAUAAACUUUUUUAGGUUGUUUUUGUACUCUUAAGUUUAUGUAUUCAAUAAGAGAAAGCUUCGGAUUGAUAAGGAUACAACUACCUGAAAAAUACAAGGAGAAUGUCAACAUUUCAAGCGACGGUCCUUCUCGAUGUUCAAAGUGCCUUCGCCUGAAACAUUGAAGUUCUCCUUGUAUUUUGCAGCUAGUUGUAACCCCAUCAAUCCAAAGUUCUGUUAUCAUUGCCAUUACCUACUGUACACUGGCACAAGACCAUUCAAGAUUAUAUAUUCAAUGUGGUAAACAUUAAAAUAACUAAUUUAUCCUUAUCAGUUACUGUCCAGGUGGACCAGAUUCUGACUUUGAAUAUUCAACUCAAUCUUACACUGGUUAUGAGGUAAUUUUACAUUUUAAAGAACCCACUAGACAGUGAUGGACAUUGUGCGACAACUGUUAUCAUUUCCAACCCUUAACAGUUUGUUUUUAAUUGAAUUAUUAAUUUAGCCAACGUCUAUGAGAGCUAUCCGUGCAAGAUACAAUCCAUAUCUACAAACGAGGCACAGACUGGAGCAGGUGAAAUUUCUUGAAUGGACAUUUUUCUAACAAUACACUGGGAAAAGUUUUUUUAUUAACUUUACAAUCAUAUCAUAUAAAAAAAUACACAUACAGCUAUGAUUGAAGGAUUGGACAACAGAACUAGAAUCCCAUACUAAGUCCACUCAUCUAACACUAACGCCCGUAUUCUAAAAGCUCACUCACACUCAAUGAGUGGAGGUUCAAUCUGAGCUUCUCUAGUUCUCUGGAGUGUUAUUGCUGUUUUUGAAUAGCUGGAGGGCUAGUGUCAUACCUUACUAAUACUAUGUGACUACUCACCCUCCAGUUAUUCAAAAACAGCAUUGACACUCAAGAGAAGCUCAGAUUAAACCUCCGCUCAUUGAGUGUGAGUGAGCUUUUAGAAUACGGGCGUAAAACACGACAUAUUACGGACUACAAACUGGACAAUGUAAUACUGAUUUUACAGGUCUUUGCACUAUAUAAAAAAAGAAUAAAUACGACACUACUUUGAAAUUAUUUGUGAGGUUGAGAUUUGACCCCCACCACCAUCAACACUAUUUGGAAACCACCAACCACUUAAUGCAAACCAGGUCAGCACAUCAUGUUUGCAUGUAAGUGGUUAGUGGUUUCAAAUUAGUGGUCGUGGUGGUGGGGUCAAAAAUGAUAACAUUACAAAAUAAUAUGGAUCCCACAAUUAAUGAAAGGAAACUUUAAUUUUUAUAUACUCAAGUACAUAAAUCUGGGUUACACCAGUCAACAUUACUGUCAAAGACUUUAAGAAACCUUGAAAAAAUCACUAUCCAGUGGACAGUGCUAUCUGGUGGCUUUCAUACAACCGGCCUUGGUCUUUAAGAAUUACAGUAGUCAAAUCUUAAGAUGCUUUGUUUCUUGUAUUUUUAGCUUAAACAGUUAGGACACAGCAUUGACAAGGUAUGCACCUAAAAAUUCCUUACCAUAUAAACAAUUUUCUGCAUUGUACAUAAAUGUAAAAUGAUGUUUUACUCUGUGGCUUGUGGUCUCUGUUAGGUUGAGUUUAUCGUGAUGGGUGGAACAUUUAUGUCACUGGAUGAUACAUAUCGAGAUUAUUUCAUCAGGAAUCUCCACGAUGCACUCUCUGGUCAUGUUAGUAAUGAUGUCAAGGAAGCUGUUUGGUAAAUACUUUGUAAUAAUGUUAAUGUGUGCCUAAAAUAAUUACAGACUCUACUUUAUUAUGUAUAAACACAACGUAUAUAUCUAAUAGUAAUAAUUUAAUUUAUUCUUGCAGUUUUUCUGAAAAAAGCACAACCAAGUGCAUUGGUAUCACAAUCGAAACAAGACCUGAUUAUUGUCUAAAGAAGCAUUUAAGGUGCAGAAACAUGUUUUAUACAAAAUUCCAUUUCUUUCUGAACGUACCACCGUAAAAGACCCAGUCUUAAGAUGCAAUUUGCAUUCUUCAGUUCAAUGUUGGAAUACGGUUGUACAAGACUUGAAAUUGGUGUUCAAAGUGUUUACGAAGAUGUUGCUAGAGAUACAAAUAGGUAAAAGUAAGCUUUUUGUCGUUUUUGUCUGAUUUCAAGUAUUGUAAAAUACCACGGCUGAUAGACAAGGCAUAAAUACUGACCAAGUGUUCUUUUGUUAGGGGACACACUGUCGUGGCCACGUGUGAAUCAUUUAAUAUGGCUAAAGACGCUGGAUUUAAGGUGAUAGUAAAAGUCUCUCUGGAGUACAGAGACGUACAUACUGUACAUUGAAAGGCAUACAUUACAAAAGCAUUAUGAUUGUAUUUAAUUUAUUUUUCCAUGAUUCGUUUUACCAGGUCGUUUCUCACAUGAUGCCAGACUUGCCCAAUGUUGAUUUCGAACGAGACAUCGAACAAUUUAUUGUACGUAAUUUCUUUGUUUUGUUAAGCUGAAUUACUUGCAUCCCAUGUUUAUGGUUGAUUUACCUUAACUUAAGGAAUUUUUCGAGAGUCCAGCCUUCAGGGCCGAUGGUUUGAAGAUUUAUCCUACUUUGGUUAUCCGUGGAACAGGUAAUGUAAAGAAAAGUGCUGGU